UUAAGACAAUCACCUCAACAAUCUUAUUUAAGUGAAUACGAAAAGAAAAAGCUUAAACAAGAAUUAAAUGAUAAACAAAUCUCUAUCAAAUGUUUAAUUAAAAAUAAUGAUGGAAAUAAUGAUUUUUUGUUUAAAAAAAUUAAUGAUUUAGAAAAUAAAAUCAAAGAAUAUGAAAAUAGUAAUGUUGGUACUCCUAUGA